AUGGGUCCCCAUCCAAUGCUUGCCCAGCCUAACUUUUAUUAUGUCUUGCACAGGGGCCAAGGCACUUGGCAGAGCCCACUGAGCUCUAGCAAUGCAAAUCUCGCCUGGUAUGAUGAAGGGGAAUCAACAUCCAACCGGAACCCUUUCAAAAAGUUCCGGUACCGCUCUAUGCGCACCCCUGAAUCGCGCGCAGAGGAUGGGUUUCCACGUGAACAAACAGAAGGCGAUACUAUACCGAGACCUGAAUGGGAAAGGCGAGAAGAGGGAGAUAACAUCUUCUCUACACCCUACCAUACAGAUACCAACCCCCCAGCCUCAAGCCAAUCGGUUGGAAACGUUAUUGAAAUGACACCAGCAGGAUCUACGACUAGUGCUGCACCUCUGACAACAACAAACGGAGAACAAUCACACGAGGUCCCUGAAAAGAGUGCUUCUACAAAACGGAGAUUCUUCAGAAACGGUGGUAAUACUGAAUUGGCACCACUGGAGCCUGAAGAUUCUGGAAAAGAUAAACAAAAAUUUACAGCUGUAGGGCAGUUGAAGGCUACCGUGCUAAAUUCUUGGAUUAAUGUAUUACUUCUCAUGGUCCCCGUUGGGAUCGCGGUCCACCAUGCACAUAUCGACCCUAUUGCAGUUUUUGUUAUCAAUUUCAUUGCCAUCAUGUAUGUUCUCUACUUUACGAAACGGGCCGACCCUCUUGCCGCGAUGCUAAGCUAUUCUACCGAGGAAAUUGCGCUCAGGUAA